GAAAUGGAAAGGAGGAGUUGAUCAAGAAGUUUGAUACUUUCAAGGAUGUGAGUGGACACUCCCCGAGGGAAUGGGGCAUCGACGCCUUUGCCUUUGCUACCUUGCCUGAGAGAGCAGGAUGGUAUGGUCAAGCAAGACGAAAGAGAAGCCAGACUGACCAUCUUCUUGCCCCAUCCUGUCCUACCCCUCAUCACUCGCUCUCGCUCUCGCUCUCACUCUUGCCCUUGCCCAUCUCUAUCUCCCUAUCUGCCUGUCUUUCCUCGAUGCGGUGCGAGCACAGAUGCCUAUCCUGAAGGAACUGAACGCCGAGGCUCACAUGGGCCCACCAGUGUGGACCGAUCGGGCCAAGGGGUACGACUAUGUCGAGGACAUCGCUUUACUGACCGCUUCCUCUUCACCUUCCCCCGCGCCCCACUCACUCACCCACAGUCCUACCACUGCCACCCGCUUCAACGGUACUCCCCUCGCCCGCGGUGUAACCCUCGCCGCCCGAGCACCCCACGACGCCCACGGUGCUCACGCUCACAAUGACCCUCUGGCACCAAGGGCAGACGCUACUGGUGUGCCCAAGUGGGCUAGCUCUACUUCGAUUGUUGGUGGAAACCUUUUGAGCAGGACGGGAAUUAAUGGUGGCACCUCGACUCGCCAAGAGGUGGCCCCCACCAACACAUCGCCCUCGCAGGUGCCCGACUUCAGUGGCUACCGAAGCGGAGACUCGGACACCAACAAGACCAUGUCCUACUUCAUCGUUGGAUCCAUGGGUCUCAUCACCGCUGCCGGAGCCAAGGCCACCGUUUCCGACUUCCUGGCCUCGAUGUCUGCCUCUGCCGAUGUUCUCGCCCUGGCCAAGGUCGAGGUGGAUUUGAACAACAUCCCCGAGGGCAAGAAUGCCAUCAUCAAGUGGCGUGGAAAGCCCGUGUUUGUCCGACACAGGAACCAGCAGGACAUUGACGAUGCCAAUGCCGUCGACAUUAGCAAGCUGAGGGAUCCUCAAAAGGACAGUGACCGAGCAAAGAGGCCCGAGUGGCUGGUCAUGCUGGGUGUAUGCACACACUUGGGUUGUGUACCCAUUGGUGAGGCAGGUGACUAUGGAGGAUGGUACUGCCCUUGCCACGGAUCCCACUACGACUCGUCGGGACGUGCACGAAAGGGACCUGCUCCCCUUAACCUCGAGGUGCCAGAAUACUCCUUCAACGACGAGGAGGGCAAGCUGAUCAUCGGUUAGAAUGCUUGUGUGCCGAGGAUGCCUCUUGGACAGGGGUGAAAGGAGAGCAUUGGAUAGAGGAAGGAGGG